CAAGCAUCUCUCUCUUUGCAUGAGAGAUUAAAAUGGGUUUUAAGCUUCAUCAUCAACAUUUUGGGGUUCUUCUGCUUCUUGUAAUUAAUGCAUUCAUCAAUGGAGAAAGCAAGAAUCUAAGUUGUGACAUGUUCCAGGGAAAUUGGGUGAUCGAUCAGUCAUAUCCACUCUACAACGCAUCCGUGUGCCCUUUCGUUGGCAAAGAGUUCGAUUGUGUCAAAAACAAACGCCCUGAUCAACAGUAUCUGAAAUAUCGAUGGCAACCAAAUGCAUGCUCCUUAGCGAGAUUUGAUGGUCAAAACUUGUUGGAGAAACUAAGGGGGAAGACUAUAAUGUUUGUGGGAGACUCGUUGAGCAAAAACCAUUGGUUGUCGUUGUUAUGUAUGAUUCAUUCAUCGGUACCCUCUGCACACUAUGUUGUAAAAAUCAACGCUGCAACUGGCAUGACCACUUACACCUUUACGGAUUAUGAAGCGAAAGUGAUUUACCAUCAUAGCUUAUAUUUCGUGGAUAUUGUCAAGGAAAAAAUUGGAAGGGUGAUGAAGUUGGAUUCGAUUACAAGUGGCAAGCAUUGGUUGGAUGUUGAUUACCUCGUGUUUAACACGUGGCAUUGGUGGAGCCGUAGAGGCCCUACCCAACCAUUUGACUUUAUACAAGAUGGGGACAAAGUAUAUAAAGAUAUGGAUCGAGUUGUUGCUUUUGGUAAGGCCAUUGAUACAUGGGGUCGAUGGGUUGACGACAACAUUGAUCCGCUUAAAUCAAAGGUUUUCUUUCAAGGAAUUUCACCUACUCAUUACAAUGGCACUAGCUGGGGUGAACCGAAAGCGCAAGCCUGCAUAGGACAGAAGGAACCAUUUCACGGGUCCACCUAUCCCGGAACAACACCAAUGGCAUUGGCAGUUUUGAAGAAGGAAUUGAAAAGCAUCAAGAAACCGGUGACUUUGCUGGAUAUAACCAACCUAUCGUUGUUGCGAAAAGACGGUCAUCCGUCAAGGUACGGGCUUGGCAAAUUGUCUGGGAGGGAUUGCAGCCACUGGUGCUUAGCUGGAGUUCCUGAUACAUGGAAUGUUUUGCUCUACAACCUUAUGUUCUCAAAGAACCAACUAUAAUUUAGUAGCUGGUUUGUUUGUUAUAUAGAAAUUAAUUAAAAAGAUACAAGUCUUGCAUUUUUGUGGUGGUAAUUGAAAUAAAAAAAGCUAU